AUGGCACCCAAAUCCAAAGCCCCCGUCUACGUCCUCGGCGUAGGCAUGACCAAGUUCAUCAAGCCCCGCGGCAAGGUAGACUACACCGAGCUCGGCUACGAAGCCGGCAUCAAAGCCCUCCUCGACGCCGGCAUCACCUACGACGACGUCGACAAUGGCGUCGCUUGCUUUUGCUACGGCGAUUCCACCUCUGGCCAGCGUGUCUUUUACCAGUUUGGCAUGACGCAGAUUCCCAUCGUCAACGUCAACAACAACUGCUCUACUGGGUCUACUGGUCUCUACAUGGGCCGGACCCUCAUUGCGUCUGGAGCGUCUGAUUGCGCCUUGGUGGUGGGCUGGGAGAAGAUGAUGCCCGGAAGCUUGGGCUCUCACUGGAACGACAGGGAGAACCCCAUCGGCACGACGUAUGUGAUGAUGGCGCAGACCAGGGGGUUGAGCAAGGCCCCGGGGGCGCCGCAGAUCUUCGGGAAUGCUGGGAGGGAGUACAUGGAGAAAAAAGAGGACUUUGCCGAGAUCGCCCGCAUCAACCACGCCCACUCCGUCAACAACCCCUACUCUCAGUUCCAGGACGUCUACACCCUCGAACAAAUCAUGCAGUCCCCCGCCGUCCACGAGCCCCUCACCAAGCUCCAGUGCUGCCCUACCUCUGACGGUGGUGCCGCCGCCGUCCUGGUCUCCCAAUCCUUCCUCGACGCCCACCCCCACCUCAAAGACCGCGCCAUUCUCAUCGCCGGUCAGGCUCUCACCACCGACGCGCCAUCGCUCUUCUCCAAGUCCUCCAUUGAUCUUGUGGGCCGGGAGAUGACCCAGCGCGCGGCUGAGAUCGCCCUGGGGGAAGCAGGCAUCACGGCUAGAGACUGCCAAGUCUGCGAACUCCACGACUGCUUUUCCGCCAACGAGAUGUGUCUUAUUGACGCCCUUGGGUUGUCCGAGCCGGGCAAGGCGCACGAGUUUGUCAGGAGCGGGGCGAUCACUUACGGGCCCAACACCAAGGUUGUGGUGAAUCCAUCUGGGGGGUUGAUCUCGAAGGGGCACCCGCUCGGGGCGACGGGUAUCGCGCAGUGUGCCGAGCUGGUCUGGCAUCUGAGGGGGUGGGCUAACAACCGGGCGGUGAAGGGGACGAAGUAUGCGCUGCAGCAUAAUUUGGGGUUGGGGGGCGCGGCGGUGGUGACUGUUUACAAGAGGCCUGAUGGGCAGGAGGCGAGCGUGUUGGGGAGUGAGGAGGUGGGGAGGGUGAGUGGGGUUGGGUAUAACCCGGCGGUGGAGGCGAGGGGGUUUACGGAGGAGCAGGCUGACAAGGUGAGGAGUAAGAGGAGGAGUGAGUUUGCGUUGACGAAGACGCUGCAGUUGAUGAAGCAGGCUCAGGCGAAGGUUUAG